UCCGCAUCUUGUUUCUGAACACUUCGCUGGUCAGCCUGUGCUGGCCGCAGACCCCCUCAACCGUGCCAUGUCCCGCCCGUCGAUGGCCAUGGACGCGCCCCAACAAGACGUGGAAGAGGAGAUCGUCUCCGGAGUCGGCGAGGGCGACGAAAAUAUGGAGGAGGUGAUCGAGCAGGAAGGCUACUCAUCCUCGACGCCGUCCAGCACGUUGACAUGGAUCAGCUGGUUUUGCUCGUUGCCCGGCCAUGAAUACUUCUGUGAAGUCAAGGAGGACUUCAUCGAGGACGAUUUCAACCUGACGGGGCUGAACUCGGUCGUGCCGUUCUGGAAGGAGGCUAUGGAGAUGGUGCUUGAUGUAGAGCCAGACGAGGAUUCCUCCAAGAUACCGGAUGUCUCCAUCGUGGAAAGCUCUGCUGAGAUGUUGUAUGGGCUGUGUCACCAGCGGUACAUACUGACGAGGAUGGGACUCGAGGCCAUGUUGGACAAGUAUGAGUCGGGUGUCUUCGGCUCAUGCCCUCGCGUCUAUUGCGUCGGCUACAACGUCGUUCCGUGCGGACGCUCUGACAUACCAGGCGUGGACACUGUCAAACUGUUCUGCCCGAACUGCAACGAUAUCUACACCCCGCCAAGCAGCCGUUACCAGGGUGUUGAUGGCGCAUACUUUGGCACCACCUUCGCACACCUCUUCUUCCAGAGCUACCGGGAGCUCGCGCCCGCACCAUUCUGGAAGGCUCCUAUCACGAAUCCGAACUCUUCGAAGGCGCUCGAAGGCAGUGGCGGUGGCGCGAGGGGCUCUCCAUUCGUCAACCCGAACCAGUACGGCGGACAAAAGCGGCCAGAGGGCUACGUCUACGUUCCCCGCAUCUACGGCUUCAAGGUCAGCGAACGGGCCAAGAACGGGCCGCGGAUGCAGUGGCUGCGGCUGCGGCCCGAGGACCCGGCAGAGCUCGACUUGGUCGACUGGCGGGGCAAGUGGAUCGACGAUGGGGACGAUGGCUACGACGAUGAGCACGACGAGGAGGGCGACCGACCGAUGGAGGAUUUUGACCCCGAUGGCGAGGGUGAGGAAGACGAUGACGAGGAGGAAGAGGAAGAAGAGGCUACGGGGGCACCGCAUUCUUCGAAGGGAUACCAACAGCAGCGGGCAGCAGACCCAUACCUGGACACACCACCGCCGACGGAGCCGCCUUUGUCUGCGUUGUCUCGGUCUGCGCGCACGUCGCCGACUUCCACUGGGUCGUCACGAGCGCCAUCGCACACUUCACAAUUCGCCGACUUGGCUCGCGUACUUCCUCCUACCCCUUCGUCUUCUCAGGGAAAAGUACGCGUUGUACGACAGUGGACGACCCCUCGGCGGCAUAUGUGGGUAGGCACAGCACAGGGUUGAAUUUUUGUCUGUAACAUCGCAUAUUAUCAUUAUAUCCGUAAGCACGCUUCACUAUAGUACAUUCACGGUAGAUAGUAGAUAUAUCUUGACGGGACGGACAGUCGUCAAUAGGUGAUAUAGGGUGGUUGGACCCACAAACAAUGAGAUCGGAGUUUGCCG